AUGCAAAACCAUUUUAAUCGUCUAAACUGCUUCUAUACCUGUUUUGUGGAGUCAAAUUUUAAAAACAUUCUUCUCCAGAAGCGGAUUAGAGUCUCAGAUGUUGUCGUUGAGCCGUACAAUGCCACUUUGUCAGUGCAUCAGUUGGUGGAGAACAGUGAUGAGACCUUCUGCAUCGACAAUGAGGCCCUCUACGAUAUUUGCAACAGAACCCUGAAGCUGGUGAGUCCCACGUACGGCGAUUUGAACCACUUAGUGAGCGCCACUGUCUCCGGCAUCACCACUUGUCUGCGCUUUCCCGGCCAGCUGAAUGCCGAUCUCCGCAAACUAGCCACGAACAUGGUGCCCUUCCCACGUCUGCACUUCUUCAUGCCCGGAUUCUCUCCCCUGACCAGUCGGUACUCUCAAGCCUACAGGACCUACUCAGUACAAGAUCUGACCCACCAGAUGUUUGACUUUAAGAACAUGAUGGCCGCGUGCGAUCCGCGUCAUGGCAAGUAUCUCACGGUAGCAGCCAUGUUUCGUGGACGUAUUUCCAUGAAGGAGGUGGAUGAGAAUAUGUUGAAUGUGCAGAACAAGAACUCGGCCUACUUUGUGGAGUGGAUACCCAACAAUGUGAAGACUGCCGUCUGUGAUAUCCCGCCACGGGGCCUCAAGAUGGCGGUCACAUUCAUUGGCAACAACACAGCCAUUCAACACAUCUUCAAGCGAGUGGGUGAGCAGUUUUCAGCCAUGUUCAAGCGCCGGGCCUUCCUGCACUGGUAUACCGGUGAAGGCAUGGACGAAAUGGAGUUUACAGAGGCUGAAUCGAAUAUGACUGACCUCAUCAGUGAGUACCAACAGUUCCAAGACGCCACCGUGGACGACGAAGUGAAACUAGAAUAG